AUGAGCUGCAAUAGUGCUGUUUUACCACCAGCUAAUGGUAAGAAGUUAUGGAGAGUUAAGAGAUCGGUGUCGUCAUCAUCAUCCAAUUCAUCCAGCUCUACUCAAUCACAAACAUCAGCUGAAUGUCUCAAUAACUCAUUAAAGAUUGCUGCUGCUGCUUCAAAAUUCUCCAUAAGGAGGCCACCUUUGAGAAGACCAAAAAACAAACCAGGUAAACCAAAGGAUUUUGUAUUUGUUGAUUUGUCACCAGUCAAGAAUGAUGAAGAGGCUCAGGCACAAGGAAAUAAGUUGGACAGUACUGAGAUUAUUGCAGGUGCUAAAUUUUCUCCAUCAACUACUGCUCCUACUUCACUCACACCACCAACUCCAUUCAAUGAGCAAUUGCCUUCUCCAACUGUAUCUAUCGAGGAAUCAUUGUUUGAAUUGCCAGCAUUGAAUGAAUUUGAUGAAUAUGAUGCUUCACAUACUAGUGUUGGUUCUGUUGUUUCAGGCGAAACAACCCCAACUGAAGAAUUGGGCUUGGGAAUAAUGAACUUGGACGCUGAUUGGAACCAACCACAACCAAUUCAACAACAGCAACAGCAACAAAUGGUACCAGCGCCACAAAUGUCACAAGAGUUUAUCUCCCAGCAAUUGUUUGGUUACCAACAAGCCAUGUUGCAACAACACCUCCAGAUUCAACAAUUGCAACAGCAAUUAUUUGAACAACAGCAAAGAGCCAUUGAGUCGCAAAUAAUAUCGGCCACUUCUACUCCAACUUUACCACAACAACCACAAUUUCAACUCCAAUCACCAUUGAAAGAGCCACCAGCAAAACAACACCAAUCACCAUCAUUAUCAGUCAAGAAAUCCAAGAAAACUGCCGGUCAGUUCCAAUUCAAGACAUACCAGCCAAAACACCAAAGAUCAGCAUCUGAAGCAUGUAUCAAGAAACCAGUAAGGAAACCACCACACCACAGAUCUUACAGUGUACCAUUCACACCAGUACAACAACAAGUACCACAACAGCAGUGCAAUGCUUUGCCAAUGCAAUCUGUCGAUUCAUCAUGUUCAGAUGUAAGCUUGGAUGACUUUAUGAUGCUCAAUGACCAAAUUUCCAUGAACUUGAAUUUAAACCACCACCAUCACAACUCAUAUACUCCGGUAUCUGAAUACUCGGAAGAAAGUGAUGAAUUUGGUGCCGGUAAACCAAAUGGAGGAGUUUUUGUUGAAGCUGAUGUUGCUAACUCCACCGCAUGUGGAUUUGAAGAGUUGUUUUUACAAACUUAUUCGGAUAUGAAGGUCAAGGAAGAGUUUGAAUUGGGUACUUUCGUGAUAUGA